AAAUAAUGCGCAAAAGCAAUUUAUUAAAAUCGUUGUUCAACAAACAAAUUAGGUAGUUUGCAUCCGAGAAGUUUGUACCUUUCAAUUUCAAAGACCCUCUGAACUUAGAAAGCUAAUUAACAAGUGAGGAGAAGCUGGUAAAUGAUUUAAUCAUGUUUAAGAUUAGAGAUUAAGCAGCCAAUUAUGCACAAUCCUAAUUGCAGCCAAGAAUCAGAGAGGCAUUCAGCAAAGAGCAUUUUGAUCCAGAAAUAUAUAAAGAGAUGGGAAAGUUGGGAUUCUUAGGAUGCACAAUUUCAGAAUAUGACCUUUCUGGGGUUUCUUAUACAGCUUAUGGUUUGAUCAACAAAGAAAUUGAACGUGUAGAUUCAGGUUACAGGUCUGCUCUAUCAGUAUAAAGUUCAUUGGUGAUACAUCCAAUCUAUUAAUUUGGAUCAAAGGAAUUAAAGGAUAAAUACGUUCCAAAAUUAGCAAGUGGAGAAUAUGUCGGUGCCUUUGGUUUGACUGAACCUGAUCAUGGUAUAUUAGUAAAUGUAAUUCAUUUAUAGGUUCUGAUCCUGGAUCAAUGAAGUCUCAUGCAAAGAAAAAAGACAAUUAUUAUAUAUUGAAUGGUACUAAGAGUUGGAUUACAAAUUCACCAAUAGCUGAUGUAUUUGUGGUAUGGGCAAAGGAUGAAAAGGGAGACAUAAGAGGGUUUGUGUUAGAGAAGGGAAUGAAGGGUCUGUCAACACCAAAGAUUGAAGGAAAAUUGUCAUUGAGAUCUUCAAUCACAGGGUAGAUCAUUAUGGACAAUGUAAAAGUCCCACAAGAAAAUAUGUUCACCACAGUGAAAGGAUUGAAAGGUCCAUUUUCCUGCUUGAAUAAUGCAAGAUUUGGAAUCGCAUGGGGAACUUUGGGAGCAGCUGAAUUCUGUUUUCAUCAUACUCGAUAGUAUGCCUUGGAUAGAAAGCAAUUUGAUGCAAACUUGGCCUCUUUCCAAUUGAUUUAAAAGAAAUUUGCUGAAAUGGUAACUGAUAUUGCAUUGGCCUAAUAAGCAGUACUAUAAGUGAGUAGAUUGAAGGAGAAUGAUUAAUUAGCAACAGAAUAAGUAUCCUUAAUUAAGAGAAAUUCAUGUGGUAAUAUAGAAUAAAUAUAUUUGAUUAGCAAUUGCCUUAAAGAUAGCCAGGGAAUGCAGAGAUAUUAUGGGAGGAAAUGGCAUUAGUGACGAAUAUCAAGUGAUUAGACAUAUGGUCAAUUUAGAGACUGUGAAUACCUAUGAAGGAGCAUCAGACAUUCAUGCAUUAAUUUUGGGUAGAGGAAUAACAGGAAUCUAAGCUUUUAGUAGGGCAUUGUGAGUAG